UCCACCAUUUUGGUGUAAAACAGACGCGUCAGUGGACAGAAACUGGAUCAUCAUGUUUACAGUCAGUACCAGACUGACACAAAGCGCCUGUUUAUCCUUCUGAUGAUCAGAUUAUUCCAGAAACUGAGAUUUUAUCAGCAUUAAACUGAAACUGCUGUGUGGUGUCUAUAUUGACUGAGUAUCUGCAGAAGCUGCUUUUGGAUUAGAAUUUAGAACCACAUUGAUAAUAACCCCUUUAGUGGGUAUUAAUUGGAGGUAUUAAUUGGGUAUUCGGGGAGAUGAAUUGUCGCUCGGAGGUGUUGGAGGUGUCUGUGGAGGCCAGGCAGGUGGAUGAGGCCAUGGCUGGACUUCUACACACCAUAUUAUUACACAGAAGUACAGGCAAGUUCCACUAUAAGAAGGAGGGCACCUACUGCAUGGGCACAGUUGGCACCCAGGAUGUCGACUGUGAUUUUAUCGACUUCACAUUCGUGAGGGUCUCAUCAGACGAACUGGAUCGUGUGAUCAGAAAAGCCGUGUCUGAAUUUAAGGACGCCCUCAGGAACUCGGGCAGUGAUGGAAUGGGUCAGGUCUCUCUGGAGUUCUAUCAGAAGAAGAAGUCGCGCUGGCCGUUCUCCGACGAGUGCAUCCCCUGGGAGGUCUGGACCAUAAAAGUCAACGUGGUGAAUCUGGCCAACGAGCAGGAGCGGCAGAUCUGCCGAGAGAAAGUGGGCGAGAAGCUCGGCGAGAAGGUCAUCAACAUCGUGGAGGUGAUCAACCGGCACGAGUACCUGCCCAAGAUGCCCACGCAGUCCGAGGUGGACAACGUGUUCGACACCAGCCUGAGGGACGUGCAGCCGUAUUUAUACAAAAUCACCUAUCAGAUCACCGAUUCUCUGGGGACGUCCGUCAGCACCACCAUGAGGCGCCUCAUCAAAGACACGUUAGCGCUAUGAGAGCCGGCGUUCACCAUUAAAACGUGUAUUUAUGUAUUUAUUCUCUGUGAUCGAGACUCGGCACAGAUUUCCCUUCAGUUAGCACGUAGCAGUACAGCGUUCUUCUGUUUAACUCGUAAAACUUGUAAAAUAAAUCCUCAUUUUUAUUUUGUACAGUAAAUCUUGUAAUUAUUCCUUAAUAAAAGUGAACGUCAUUUUGG